GCUGUUUCUUUAAAUUUAAUCUUGAUUUUAUUAAAUCAAUUUUUUUUAAUUGUUUUUUACGGUUUUUUACAAUAGUUUUACAAUUUGACAAUAAAAUCCAUCAAGUGCUCGACAGUAAUGUGCAGAUCUGUUUCAAUGCUAUGAGAAUCAUUUCGCAAAAAUUGUGAUAUUGAGACUUUUUGGUUAUUAUUAACUGUGAAAAUAUUUAAAAGUGAUCUUUCAGCAUUUAAAAUUAUCAAAACAUGACUCUUUUUGAGUUUAGUGGUUGUGCUCUGAUUGCCUUUGGCCCUCCUAUGACAAUGUUUUUCUUGACAUUAGCAGAUAAUCCUAUCUUUAUUAUCGUUAUGAUCUCAUCUGGUUUCUUUUGGCUUUUAUCGCUUUUAGUUUCGUCAAUAAUUUGGACUAUUGUGUUCCCGCUUAAAGAAAUUCUCGUUUUUGGAGUAAUCUGCUCGGUGAUAGUCCAAGAAAUAUACAGAUAUCUAUUUUAUGCGAUACUCAAAAAAGCUCAAAUCGGCUUACAAAAGGUUUCUGAUGUUGGUAAUAGAGGUCAUUUGUAUUCAAUAAGUUGGUCAACAUUAUCCUAUGUCUCUGGGUUUGGAUUUGGUAUCAUGAGUGGAGCUUUCUCUCUUGUCAAUGUUCUUGCUGAUUCUACUGGUCCAGGAACUGUUGGUCUUUAUGGUGACUCGCCUUAUUUUUUCAUUUCAACCUCACUAAUUACAUUAGCUUUAAUCUUGCUACAUACUUUUUGGGGAAUCAUAUUUUUUGAUGCACUCGACAAAAAAUGCAGAUAUAAAAUUGGUUAUGUCGUUGUCUCUCACUUAGCAGUGUCAGCUUUGACUUUCUUCAACCAGCAACAAUUGUAUCUUGCUUCAUUAAUUCCUUGCUACUUGAUAACAGUGAUCACUGCAUCAAUCGCUUACCAAUGUGCUGGAGGUACGCUCAAGUCGCUUAAAGAAAGCCUACCAUUCGUCUCAGGCUAGAUUUCUCAAAGACUAUUUCUUAUGGCACUAAUUAAACAUUCAUCGGAAGGAAUGCUAAAGAUCUUACCACAAAACUUUGAUAACUAUUUGAUUAUCAUCAAGAUUGUAUCAUUCAACGGAACAUAAUAUUAUACUUAUUUGCAUUUAUACCUUUUAACCAGUUUAAUUAACAACUUGAAAAUCUUUUCUAUUUUCAUAAGAAUUAUUUACGUGUAUCUUGUUGAAAAAACAUUAAAACUUGCCUAAAAAUUUUA